UCCAAAGUAGCAGACUCUUUUUUUCUUACAGGAGAGAAUAUCUUUGAUCUUCUGGUUGUAUCUUUCUAGUUCAAGAAUGGCAACUACAGAGAGUAAGGAUGAGAACCACACAAAUGGUUUAGGGUUAGAUUCAUCAGCAGAAGAACAACAUGAAAGAUGUCCUGUUGAGGAAGUGGCCUUAGUUGUGCCUGAAACUGAUGACCCAACACUUCCUGUCCUGACUUUCCGUGCAUGGUUUCUGGGUUUAACUUCAUGCAUAAUACUUAUCUUUUUGAACACCUUCUUCACUUACCGUACACAGCCACUCACUAUCUCUGCCAUUCUUAUGCAAAUUGCUGUGUUGCCUAUAGGGAAGUUUAUGGCUAAGACUUUGCCCCCUAGAGAUUAUAGGAUUUUGGGGUGGAGUUUUAGUUUGAAUCCAGGGCCUUUUAAUAUGAAAGAACAUGUGAUUAUCACUAUCUUUGCUAAUUGUGGGGUGUCUUUUGGUGGUGGUGAUGCUUACUCUAUUGGUGCCAUUACUGUUAUGAAGGCUUAUUAUAAGCAGAAUCUGAGUUUCCUUUGUGGGCUGUUCAUAGUCUUGACUACUCAGAUUUUGGGAUAUGGAUGGGCCGGGAUGCUAAGGAGAUACUUGGUUUAUCCUGUUGAGAUGUGGUGGCCUUCAAACCUUGCUCAGGUUUCUCUGUUCAGAGCACUUCAUGAAAAGGAUCCGAAAAGUAAAGGCCUGACUAGGAUGCAAUUCUUCCUCAUUGCCAUGACAGCAAGCUUUCUCUAUUAUACAGUCCCUGGUUACUUGUUCCCAAUCAUGACGUUUUUCUCAUGGGUUUGCUGGGUAUGGCCUCAUAGUAUCACGGCUCAACAAGUAGGGUCAGGUUACCACGGCCUUGGUGUCGGUGCCUUUACUCUUGAUUGGGCUGGGAUUUCAGCCUACCAUGGCAGUCCUCUUGUCACUCCUUGGGCUUCCAUUGUCAAUGUUGCGGUUGGAUUUAUCAUGUUCAUCUACAUAAUACUCCCUUUGUGUUAUUGGAAAUAUAACACUUUUGAUGCUAGGAAGUUUCCAAUAUUUUCUAAUCAGCUAUUCACUUCUAGCGGGCAAAAAUAUGAAACUACAAAGAUCUUGACCCCAGAUUUUCAACUUAACAUCCCUGCUUAUGAUAGUUAUAGCAAGCUCUAUCUGAGCCCUCUAUUUGCCCUGUCAAUUGGAUCAGGAUUUGCAAGGUUCACAGCAACCCUCACGCAUGUGGCGCUGUUUAACGGAAGGGAUAUUUGGAGGCAAAGUAGCAGAGCAAUGCAGAAUGUGAAAUUGGAUGUUCAUUCGAAAUUGAUGAAAGCUUACAAAGAAGUUCCUGAUUGGUGGUUUUAUAUUCUCUUAAUAGGAAGUGCUGUCCUCUCGUUGUUAAUGUCUUUUGUUUGGAAAGAAACUGUACAGCUGCGUUGGUGGGGUAUGCUCUUUGCCUUUGCCCUGGCUUGGCUUGUUACCCUUCCUAUUGGUGUUAUUCAAGCAACUACGAAUCAGCAACCUGGGUAUGACAUAAUAGCACAGUUCAUGGUUGGAUAUGUUCUUCCAGGAAAACCAAUUGCAAAUCUGCUUUUCAAGAUUUAUGGACGAAUUAGCACGAUCCAUGCUCUUUCUUUCUUAGCUGACCUUAAGCUUGGACACUACAUGAAAAUUCCGCCACGGUGCAUGUAUGUAGCUCAGCUAGUGGGGACUUUUGUUGCUGGUACAGUCAAUCUCGCAGUCGCGUGGUGGAUGUUGGAGAACAUUGAAAAUAUCUGUGAUACUGAUGUACUUGAUUCUAAUAGUCCAUGGACGUGUCCCAAGUACCGAGUCACUUUUGAUGCUUCUGUAAUCUGGGGCCUCAUUGGACCAAGGAGGCUCUUUGGACCUGAUGGCCUCUACAGGAACUUGGUAUGGCUGUUCCUCAUUGGAGCUUUCUUACCGGUUCCUUUCUGGGUGCUGAGCAAAAUGUUCCCUGAAAAGAAAUGGAUUGCAUUGAUAAAUAUACCAGUAAUAUCUUAUGGUUUUGCCGGAAUGCCACCUGCAACUCCCACCAACAUCGCAAGCUGGCUUGUCACUGGAACUAUAUUCAAUUACUUUGUCUUUCGAUAUCGCAAGCGCUGGUGGCAGAAGUAUAACUAUGUCCUAUCUGCAGCAUUGGAUGCCGGGACAGCUUUCAUGGGUGUUUUAUUGUUCUUCGCUGUGCAGAAUUCAGGCAAGCAAUUGAAAUGGUGGGGUACAGAACUUGAUCACUGUCCUUUGGCUUCAUGUCCAACAGCACCGGGGAUUGUGGUUAAAGGAUGUCCAGUCUUUUAAAUGCUACGCAGCCAUUUAAGAGAUGGAUAAGAAAUUGCGAGCAGUGAUAGGGAACAAUUAAGAAUCCAUUUUUAUUUUCCAUGCGUGUACAUGCUUCUUUCCAUUUAAUUAGAAAGUGCUGGUUAUGAUCUUCCUCUUUAUGCCUCCUCAAUGAACAUUUACUGUUCUCAGCUUACAGCUGUUAGUAGUAAUUUCUCUCAACUUAGCAGUGAAUCCCUACCAAACUCCAACCUUGAUCGUCCUGUAAUGUGAACUAAUGAGAUGUUUUUUACUUUAUAUGUAGCAGAGAAUGCCCUUCACACAAAAUAGGAAAUUUUCCAUAGGGUAAUAAAAUCUUUGCAUUC